UAUUCAGAUCUGACGGUUGACAUUAUAUGCGUUUCAUUUCAUUUUUAACAAAAUUUCUGAUCGGAGUUUUUAACUACGAGUAUUACGCUGCACUCUCUGUCUCUCCCUCUCCGCCAUUGAAGCGUACUCUGAGUUCACCAUUGAAGCGACUUCUGAGCUUUCUCUCCUCCAUUGAAGCAGCUUCUGAGAGCUGAAUGUUUAGAGUUACACAUCUUAUAAAACAUAGAAGAGGAAUAAGAUGAGCAUCGUGCCCAAAGAGUCUAUUGAAGUUAUAGCACAAAGUGUAGGGAUCAACAAUCUCUCUGUAGAUGCUGCACUUACUCUUGCUCCAGAUGUUGAGUACCGAAUGCGUGAGCUUAUGCAGGAAGCUAUUAAAUGCAUGCGUCAUUCAAGGAGAACUAUUUUAACUACAGAUGAUGUGGAUACUGCACUCAGCAUUAGAAACGUUGAGCCAGUUUAUGGCUUUGCUUUAGGAACCCCUUCACGGUUUAAAAAAGCUGUGGGGCACAUGGAUUUGUUCUACAUUGAGGAUAAGGAUGUGGACUUCAAAGAUAUUAUUGAAGCUCCUUUACCAAGAGCUCCACUUGAUACAUCAAUCAUGUGCCAUUGGCUAGCCAUAGAAGGGGUGCAACCUGCAAUUCCUGAAAAUGCCCCUGUGGAAGUUAUCACCAUUCCUGACGGGAAAAGGUCUGAAUGUAAGGAUGACAGUCUUCCCAUUGACAUCAAAGUACCAGUUCAGCAUGUACUAUCUAGAGAGCUUCAGCUAUACUUUGACAAAAUCACAGAGCUUACUAUUAGAGGUUCUGAAACCAUUCUUUUCAAAGAAGCAUUGGUCAGUUUGGCAACUGAUGCCGGGCUUCAUCCCUUAGUCCCCUACUUUACAUGUUUCAUUGCCGAUGAGGUUGCUCGUGGUCUAGGGGAUUUUAAUCUGCUGUUUGCUUUGAUGCGCCUUGUUCGUAGUCUGCUAAAAAAUCCUAACAUACAAAUAGAGCCUUAUCUACAUCAGUUGAUGCCCUCUGUGGUUUCCUGUUUAGUGGCCAAAAGACUAGGCAAUAGAUUGGCUGAUAACCAUUGGGAGCUGAGAGAUUUUGCAGCAAAACUAGUUGCUUCAAUUUGCAAAAGAUUUGGGCAUGCAUAUAGCAAUCUCCAGCCACGCUUAACAAGAACGUUGGUAAAUGCAUUUUUGGACCCCAAACGAGCCAUCACUCAACACUAUGGUGCAAUUCAAGGAUUAGCUGCCCUAGGGCCCAAUGUGGUUCGGCAUCUUAUUCUGCCAAAUCUUGGGCCAUAUAUGCGGCUUCUUGAACAUGAAAUGUCUCUUGAGAGUCAAAAGAAUGAAAUGAAAAGGCACGAGGCUUGGAGAGUUUAUGGAGCAUUGUUGCAUGCAGCUGGACAAUGCAUUUAUGGUAUACUCAAAAUGUUCCCUACUUUGCCAUCACCAUGUCAUGAAAUUUGGUGCAAGAAGGAAAAAGUCAAUAUGUUAGCGCCUGGAAAACGCAAGGCAAGCAUGGAGCACACAGAAGAGCAACCGCCUCUCAAAAGAGUAGCUACUGAUGGCCCUUUGCUGGACAACAACACCUCACCUUCUGUCAAACAAACUGAGGGAGAAGUAGCUGCAUCAUCUAGUGUUGCCUCAGAUCUACCGUCAACCUCCAAGCAGAUGACUGAUUCUGAGAAAGUAGGCAGCAGAAAUGUAAGAGAAAAGAGCGAUGAAAAGUUACUGAAGCUGUCAGCGGUCCUGCAUCAGGUUUGGAAGGAUGACUUGAAAUCAGGACAAGUUCUUGUAUCGAUGCUUGAGCUGUUUGGUGAGAGCAUCUUUCCCUUCAUUCCCACUCCUGAGUUGUCGUUGUUUUUAUGAUAUUUUAAGAAUUUUAAGGCUCUCUGUACAUAAUCAUGUGUCCUUAACUGGAGGAAAAACAAGGACAGCAUCCUGACUGACAAAGACGGCAUUCAGACUCUGCUCAAAAGCUUGCGCUAGAGCUACAAAAACUGGAGAGGGGAGGUUGGGAGGGGGGGGGGGGGUGAUUGGCUGGCUUGAGGGUGGUAUUAACAAGUAAUUGCAAGAGAAGUUCAUUUCCAGUCCAUAUGUUGCAUAGAAAAGAGUCCCUGUUUUUACAUUGGGACGUCUUUCUUGUUCUCUAACUGUUCAAUCGCUGCUUAAUUGCUUAUCACAUUUCUGGUAUACAUUUUAUUUGCGUCCAACAUGAUUCUCCUAAAUAGAGGGAGAAAGAAAUUCAUAAUUUUAGUAAA